GCGUCACCUUGAGCUGUUGAAGGGAUGCAAAAUCAGCCUGGCUCAUUCCGGUCCCAAGUCCGGACGCCAGCAAGAAUAUGGAAAGGGACAUUCGCCCAAAAGCUGGUGGGCACGAGGGUUGUGGGAGGAGCCUCAGCCACCACUGAAGCCUGGGGUGAACGAUGAGGCAACUGAGCCCGGCAAGCGACAUACGGCAUGGGGAGUUUGCAAAAGGUCCUACAAGCGAGCGCUGAAACGCGCAGCCUUGGAAGGGUCCACGGUCUACAAGGGCAAGCGCAUUCGCUUUUGGCAGCCUGAGAUACCUUAUCUGCCAACGCAGAGAAAGCACAAUGAGCCGGCCCGACUUUCUUGCCUCACCUGGAACUGCUCAGGUCUUUCCACUGAACUUUUUCUUGAAUUGCAAGUCUGGCUACGGACAAAGCCAGAGGUGGGCUUCUUUACCCUGCAGGAGACACACUGGUCAGCACAAGGAGAAUGGACAUCUGGCGACUGGUACAUCUUGCACAGCGCCGCCCCCAGGCCCAAACAUGGUGGAGUCAUGCUUGGAAUCCGCAAAAGCUUGCUGGUGGAUGAUCACCACAGCUGGAAUGAGAUUGUGCCAGGCAGACUUCUUCACUGGCGUGGCUGUAUUGGCAAGCAGCAAUACGACAUCUUCAACUUGUAUCAACACUCGCUGUCCCAGCACAGUGAUGAACAAAAACAACUGUUGAUGCAAAACAGGCGGGGCGUCUGGUCCAAGCUGGAUACCGCCCUCUCUGCGCUGCCUUUCAGAUCGGCCAUUGUCUUAAUGGGGGACUUCAAUAUGGUGAUGCAGCCGCAUGCCACAGUGGUUGGACAAGGCGUACAUGCUGGCUCCCAGGUGCAUGACCUACGGCAGGAGCGGAGCGAUGUGCUGGAAGUCCUGGCCAGACAUCGCCAGACUGCUCUCAACACCUGGGGUAAAAAGCAGUACACCUAUCGCCAUCCUUCUGGCAGCUCCCAGAUUGACUACGUCUUCGUCAGACAACACCAGGCAGACCAAAAGGCCAAGGAGUGUUGUGUUACCAAGGCUCCCAUUGCAGCCCUGGAAGCAACAGCCUCGGAAGCAAAGCCGCGGGAGCACUGCGGCACCUCUCCUGGAUAUGGUACUGCAGGUCCUGGAAAUUUGGCGUCAGAUUUUCCCGUGCUAGAUUUCGGUUUGCUAGAGGGCAGGCAACGCAAACGAGAUCAGAUCCUGAGUGUGCUGGCUCAUGCAGAGUCAGCGGACAGCCAGCAUCAAACGAGUGUGAACCGCUGCCUCCUGAAUGGUUCACAGAGCAGGAAGCAGCUUAGUGCUACAGUUGCCCCAGCCCUACAGCGAGAAGAGUACCUCUACCCCGGCCAACCUACACACGAUUGGGCUAAUGGGAAGAAGCGAGCCAAUCCCUAUAUUCAAGCAGCCCUGCAGGACAUCCCUCAAUAUGCCUAUCGAGCUCAGGCAUCAACGGCUGAUCCCCUGCUACGUGCAAGCCAGCACUGUCACAAAGUACGUGAGAUGCUUGCAAGCUGCACGGGGGACCUCACCUCGCGCCUGGCACACCAGCCUGUCACCUUGCUGCUUGGAGGCAUAAUGGUUAGCCUAGACCUGUCCAAGGCUUUUGAUUCCAGUACGCAUGAGGAAAUGUACCUUGCCCGCACUGACGCUGGGAUGCCUUCCAAUUUGGCGGGAAUGCUGCUUCAGAUACACAUCAAUACUAAGCUCUAUGUGGUUCACAAGGGACAAACUCAGACUGCACAAAUGGGCAGGGGUUGGCCCCAGCGUCACAUGUCGGUUUACGCCGAUGACAAACAUGGUUUCUGGCAGAUCCAUGGCCCCAAUGACUUGCACAAGGCGCGGCAAGAGCUGGGACUCUUGAUACAAGUGAUUACUCAGCUGGGAAUGACGGUGAAUAGCGCCAAAUCCAGGGUCGUCAUUGCGCUCAAGGGCUCUGCACACCUUCGGCUUUUGAAGCAAAUCACGAAGCAGUGGAAUGGGCACAAGUGUCUCAUGGUGCCCUAUGGCGAUAACGCGCUGUACAUUCCUGUGAAUGACACUCUUGAAUUCUUGGGCAUGAAGUUGAGUUAUGGCAAGUUCGAAGUGCAAGCUGCACAGCAUCGUGUUCAGCAAGCUCAGCUUGCAUUUGGCCAGCUCAAAACUCCCUUGCGCACAAAUGGAGCCCUAAGCCAGAAGCGUCGUAUCCAGCUCUACAAGACAUGCAUUCUUCCAUGUAUGCUCUAUGGCGUUGUGAGCGUAGGCUGCACUGCGGAAGUUGUCAAAGUUCUCUCCAGUGGGGUUGCCCGGCACAUGCGCAAGGUUUGCAGAGUUUACGAGAAAGGCAUAUCGACUGAGCAGGUCCUACAGCAGGCGGGUGUUGACAUUUAUGAUGAUCUUCGCAAGCUAAUGAGCUCGCAGGUACUGGCGCUGCAGCUGGAUUCAGCCAGGUCUCAGGAGCUUCUCAGCUUGGAACUUAGGCCUGAUUCCUAUCUUCUGAAGAAUGUUGCCCUUAAGUGUGAGUUUCCAUGUCCGGUUUGUGGUGUCUACUACGGCACGCAGUCGGGCCUACAACAGCACAUCCACCAGCGGCAUCCAGAGGUGGAGCUACAGGUGGCAGCGGGUGGGAAUGCUGAAUCCUUGCUACGGAAAAUCGAGCAGGACCAAAAGCUUUACGUUCCAGCUCCUCCUGUAGCUGACUGGGAGCAGGAUGACUACGCCUACAUCCAGGCCGCAGCUCCCAAACAGGACAAGGCAAAUCCGCAGUACAAGACCUACACUGCACUGCAACAUCGUCGGGAUCCCAUCCAGUGCCACAGGAAUUCCCACGACACCGCUCCAGCCGAUCCUCACUUUGGCCCAGAAUGCGGUGGCAAGGUGCAGAAGGAUGCGGCAGAGUAUUUACAACAGCUCUUGCAGGAUUGCAACUUCGAGCUCAAGGCGAUCUCCCCAUUCCAAUGCCGCUACCUCCUCAGGUGCAUAUGUAUUCAGCUCAACAGAUACCUGAGGCUGGAUCAGACCACAAAACUCACUACACCGGUACGAUUCGACAGUCCCUGCUACCACCGUCAGCAUGAGCCGGAUGUUGGAAUCGAGCGUGUACAUUCAAUGGCUGAAGCGAUGCUGAGCUCUGAAGCACCUCCUCAGCCCUCCUCUGCUCCUUUGGAGAUUUUCCACACCGACAUGGACGAGGACAAGGCCUCACAGAUCGAGGAAAGCAUGUUCCGGAAUUACUUUCCAGCUGGAGUAAACUUGGAUGGCCAAAGCACGGCACCGCCAUCCACGACUGGGACGGAGGGCGAAGGCAAGGGCUCCCAGAAGGAGGAGGAUCCGUGGUCCAAUUGGGGACGCUCAAAGCGAGCCUACAACGACGGCUGGGGACAAUCUGAUGCCUGGGGCAACAGAGGAGGAGAAGGCCAGGAUCGACGAGGACGGUCUGAGCUUCUUGAGGAAAUCAAGGACCUCCGAAGCAGUAUGUUCCAACUGCAGAGGCUGGCACUCAGACACGAGGACUAUCUAGGAGCUCUGAGACCAGAGACGUCCUAUGCGCUCUUUCUGCGCACGGGGGUCCCGGCAUCGGUGGUGCCAGCGCUUUUCAAGGCUCAGCAGGCAUGGCGGGAACGGAAGGAAUCGGACCCAGAUUCCGUAGAAAAGACCCAGGAGACGAUGGCCAAGCUGGGAUGGAUCUCCACGGAACCUCUGAAGUGGAACUACUUGAAGUGGGAUCCUAAGGUGGAGAGGCUUCGCCAUGACACUGCCCGGGAAGCGCUCGGUUACGAGCAGGGCAUCGCUACGGUGGAAGCCAUUCUGGCUUUGGUGCGUAAGACCGGGCCGGUGACCCGAUUCCACCCCAGCAGGAGCAUCGAGGAGGAGAUGAAGGGCUCCAAUGUUACGUUCAGUAUGCAGCUGGCGUUGUACGGGGAGGAGGCCACACAGCUCAAGGAGCACAUGGCGACCUUGACGAACUGCUCCAUCACCCAGUUGAUGGCGCUGAGCUGGCGUCCAGAGCGCGGAGGACGAUCCAAUGUGGCCAACAUGGUCCAGAAGGCAGGAGGAGGAGGAAAUGGAGGCGGUAAUGGCUACGGAAACGGAGGCCAAAGACGCCGCUAA